UAGUAGUAGAUAUUUUUAAAUGCAAGUCGGAACUUCCCUUCGUGGAAAUUUUCAUCUACUUUUGGUUUAAAUUUCCAUCAACUUUUCAUGCCAAGAGGAAGACUGACAAGUGAAAUGAUAAAAUGGCGCGAAGAAUAACCAGAUCAGCAUCGUCCGGAAAUCUGCUAGAAGCAGACGACGGAAGCUCAAAAGCGCCACCUCUUGACGAGGAUGAUGACCUGAAGAGUAGUUUUCUCCCUGGCUUACUAGGGAGAAGGAAGAAAAGACUUCCAUCUGAAAAGCCAAAGGAUUGCCAAGCAAGGAUUGGGCGAGUAAAAGUCACUUUGAAAAAAGGGUUAGUUUACGAAGAGGAGGUUGACGCAAUCGUCAACAGUACUUCACAAACAUUAACACUGGACGCGGGAAACGCCUCGCGAGCUAUGUUACAAAAAGCCGGACGCUCUAUUCAACAGGAAUGCACGCGAAAAUAUCCGGACGGAAUCAAGUUUGGAGAACUGGCAGAAACUGGAGGCGGAGAGUUGUACUGUGGAUAUAUAUUCCAUGGAUGUCUGAAGUAUUGGAGAGCAGAAGAAAGUAAUUCAGUGGAGCAGACUCUUACAGAUUUUGUUACCAAGUGUCUUGAGAGGGGAGAUCAAUUGCAAAUUAAUUCGAUCGCCAUUCCUGCACUGGGCACAGGUUUUCUACAGUUUCCCGCUAAAGUCGUUGUUUGUCGUCUGCUUCAAUGUGUAAAAGACUUUGAAAUGAGACAUAAAUCAACGACUGUUUUGGAUAUACGCUUCGUUAUAUUCCCUAAGGAUACCAAAACGUUUGAAGACUUCGAAAAUGAAUUCAAUCGUUAUUCGUAUACUAUAUACCAAAAGCCAACUUUGCAAGGAGUUUUACCUUCCAAACCAAAAGAUAUUGAAUAUUCUCUUGAAAAUCUGACGGUGAAGCUUGUCUCUGGAUGUCUAGUGGAACAGAAGGUUGAUGUCAUUGUUGAGGCCCUACCUCCAUAUAGAAAGCCUGGGUCCACCAGAUCGUCUAGAGCUAUCGUUAAGGCUGGUGGUCCCGGUAUAGAAAGGGAAUUCACCAAAGCGUUCCCGGUGGGAAUAGACGUGGGUGAUGUAGAAUCUAUCGGAGGUCAUAAUCUUCAAAACGUUAAAAAUGUGUACUUCGGGGCCCUGCCAAGGUAUGCUGUUAAGGAAGGGGAUCAAAACCAGCAGGCACUGGUAUUAACGGUUCAACUUUCUUUGAUGAAACUACAAGAAGAUGGUUAUAAAACCAUUGCAAUUCCAACACUUGGUGUUGGAGACUUAAAAUUUCCUCCGAGGAUAUCGGCCAUGAAAAUCUUUUCUUCUAUCAAAGAAUACAGCACAGCCAACAAAGACUCAAAAAUAGAUACAGUUUAUGUAGUAGUGGACAUAAGAGAUUCAGAGUUUCUAAAUAUAUGGAAGGAAUUUGAAAGAGAAAUAAAUAAGAUAGCACCUCCAAAGAUGAAAAAUAAGGCCCCAAUAAUAAUAGAACCAAAACCCAAACCUCCACCAGUUCGGGGAUCACGUGACUGGUUCUCCAUGAUGUACGAGGAGGAGCUUUGUGUUCCGUCCUAUUGGACUGAUUAUAAAGGAGGAGAAAAGAUUAAGGUCUGUAAACGGCGGAACAGACGACAUCCCUACAGCCUUGUCAACGUCGACCAGAAUACAAAGGAUCUGGUCGUUAACAUCGUAGAGAAGACUUGGGAAUCUCACAAUGUAGGAAAGGGGGCCGAUGCAAAGGGCUUGGAUAUGCUUUUCUACAACAAUAUUCGAAUUACCAAAGUAGAACGUGUGGAGAAUCUAGAUUUAUAUGAGAGUUAUGUUCAGGAAAGACAAAGGUUCUUUGACAAAGCAAGAGCCAGAGGCGGUCCAUUUCCUUUAGGAACUCUUCCAAAAUCAUCCGGCGAAAUCAAAACUACCUCUAUUCUGAAAUCAAACAAAACCAGCACUUCUUUUCUGUCGGACAUUUAUCCAGAAAUCAAUGAACAUUACGUUUUUCACGGGACAUUAGCAGAAACUUUAGAUUCUGUUCUGACACAAGGAUUAGAUUGUAGAAUGUCUAGAGGUACCGCUAUGUUUGGACAGGGGGCAUACGGUGCCGAGAGUUCAACAAAAGCUGAUCAGUAUGUAGACAAGAAAGAAAACAGAAAGAAAAUUCCUCAUCAGAUGCUGCUAGUUCGCAUGUGUUUGGGAGACGUAUGUCUGUAUGAUUUCCCUGUAGCUCACAGACGAGCGCCAUGUAAGAAGUGUAGAAAGGACAACUGCACUACUCACAAACCUAAAGACUUCUAUGAUUCUGUUGUUGGGGAUGGGAAGUGGUUGUUCAGGGAAUUCAUUGUGUAUGACAAGCGUCAGACAUACCCUGAAUAUCUCAUCACCUACGAACGUGCAUAAAACUACACCAUACUAUUUUUUCAAACCUGAAUGUGUUGACAAGAAAUUGAAAAUUACAACUGAGUCUGUUCAUUUGAAUGAAGCAAAAUUUAUUAAAAAAUUUACAUAAAAAUAAAUCAGUUGUGGCUUUUAGCUUCACAUUCAGAUAUACCAAAUAAUGUCAACAAUAUUAAGUUGAUUCCUUUCAUAUGUCAACUCGAUGCACCCCUGUGAACCCGAAAUGAAAAAAAAGCUACAGAGUAUUCUGCUUUCCAUAUUUGGGUGUUUAUAUGACUAAGGAUGAGCCCAUCUUUAAAAAUGGUUUGCCCUCUCCCGACAGACUGGCUAAAAGUGACCCAACUACAAACUUUGUUCAACUUUCAAGAACACGAUAUUUUUUCUGCUUAAGCCAACAGAAUUCCCCCUACCUACCGACACAAUUUUGGUGAGUCGGGAGCGAGCAUUCAGACGCUUUUUAUAGAUGGCCUGUCAAAGGCCAAACAAUAAAUAAACCACCUGAGAGAAACAUAAGAGACAGAUCCUGUGGUGUCUUAUGUCAAGCUGACUUGGAUAUAUCUAACUGACAUAAUAUGUCAUAUUAUGAAUGGGUGUAACCAUUGCUAAUUAUAUAAUAUACAGUCGAGGCCAUCUUUAAAAAAUAAUGUUUGUCUGCCCUAUCCCGACCCAAGGUAAAAAAAAAUGGAUUGGUAGAUAGUUGCGUAAAUCUACCUGGUCGGUAGGGAGAGGACCAACAACCAAUUUGUUAGAGAUGGUACGAUAUAAAUAAAGGUAUCAAGAGUAAGAUCAAUUUCUAAAAACCGAGGCAGUCUACUGACAGAUGAACUGAUGAUGCAAGGAUUUCAUUACAUAUUUAUUUAUGUUCUUUUAGACCCCCAUUUUAAAAACUUUUACUCUUAUAGAAAUGUUGCCAUGAGAUCGUGAAGGGUCGCAAAUUUCACUUCAGAGUGCUGAAUGCUUGGUGAAGAAGCAGUUGCUACUAUUAUUUUUUAUUGACCUAGGUCAGUUUCGACUGGGGUUUGAAACCACUACCUUCCCGUCAUGAAGCGAGCUCUUCAAAACCCCCUUUAAAGUCAAUAAU